AGUCGCGCAUGAAGACGCGAGCGAGAAAGCAGCCGCUCAACGGAGCUCAGAAUGCGGAUAAAACUGUAAACUCAGCCGCCUCCCGUUCCCUGUGACGCCAACACUGAACGGGAAACAUGUGGAACACUAAACGACGAAUAUGCCUUCACAGCACAGGAGAGUUAUGGGGUUUGUUCAUUCUCCUCUUGUACAGCAUUCCCUUCUCCUGCUCUUCAAAUUUCAGUCACCUCAUCUAUAAGAUAAAGGAAGGAUUACCAAAAGGAACACUUAUAGGGGCUAUCAGUGCGGACUUAACCCUGGAUCUUUCCGUCAAUCCUUCUCGCUCAUUCAGCCUGGAGCAAAUGACUACCAGCGAGCACUACGUGAAUCUGAAUAGCACCACCGGGGAGCUGUUCACAUCUGCGAUAGAGAUUGACAGAGAGUCUCUAUGUGCUGAAUCCCACGAGGGACAGGGCUGUGCAAUCUUCCUGGACGUGCUAAUCCUUCCCCAGCAGUACUUUCAGCUGGUUAAGAUUAAAAUCAUCAUAGAGGACAUCAACGACAACAGUCCGCAUUUCCCCAUGGAUGAAAUCCGGCUGUCUGUGCCAGAAAACGCACCUGUUAAUGCACGGUUUGCGGUGGAGCAGUCCGCAGUGGAUCCAGACAUCGGGAUUCACAGCGUUCAGACCUACUGGCUUAAUAAUGACUAUGGAGUUUUCACGCUGGACGUAGAGGAGAACGAAGGAGGAGAAUUGACGCCGUUUCUCAUCCUAACCGAGUCUCUUGAUAGAGAGGCGCGGGCUGAGUAUGUGACUGAAAUUAUAGCAGAGGAUGGAGGGUCUCCGCCUCGUUUUGGCAAUGCAACUUUGAGGAUUAUCAUUAGCGACGUUAAUGACAACUGCCCCAAGUUUAGAGAGUCUCAAGUGAAAGUGACUCUGUAUGGAAAUGCCACUAAAGGCAUGCAACUGGCUCGUCUACAAGCUUAUGAUCCAGAUGAGGGAGCGAACGCCUUGAUUACGUAUACGUUCAGUGAACGGGUCAGCCAGGAAAGCAAAAGCUUAUUUCACUUGGAUACAACGACUGGAGUUCUGAAACUAGCAGGAAAGAUCAACAACAACAGUGCGAAGCUAUACAAGAUAAACAUACUAGCCAAUGGGGCGGGGUGUAUUCCUGACGUUGCUAUGGUUAGCGUGCAUGUCAUCAAACAACUCUCUGGUCCUCCGACGGUUGUACCGCGUUACAUUGCGUUUGAGAAAGAUGGCGUCGUGAGCUUAAGCGAAUCUGAGCCUCCGUUUUCCCCCAUUGCUUUUUUUACCAUCAAAAACACCGAGGCCCAACAGAAGCUGGAGUGUUUUCUGGAAAGUGCAGGUCCUUUUAGGAUUGUGCCUUAUCAGGGUUUAAAAAACGAGUACUUGCUGGAAACCACUGAUGUCCUGGAUUAUGAGCUGCAACAGGAUUAUGAAAUAGUCAUUGUGGUGCGUAAUUCCCACGGAUUAGCAGUUAACACUGUGGUGAAAGUCCAUGUGUUGGAUGUCAACGACAACGCUCCGGUUUUCAAGCAGUCCUUCGUUGAAAUCGCCGUUGAGGAAAAUAACCCACCGAAUACGUUCCUGGCUCAGCUUCAGGCGAGCGAUGCGGAUAGUGAAAGCAGAGGGCAGGUGUAUUAUCAACUUGGAGCGGACGCUCCCACCAUUUUUAACAUCGAUAGCUACACCGGAGUGCUAACAGUAUCAACAUCUCUCGACCGAGAGGAAAAGGAGACCUACCGCUUCAUGGUUCGAGCUUUAGACAGGGGAACGCCAAAAAAGGAGUCAAUCGCGACGGUGAUCAUCACCGUCCAAGAUCGCAAUGACAACAGCCCGCGAUUCAUCAACAAAGACUUCACUUUCUUUGUACCAGAGAACUUUCCAGGAUUUGGCGAAAUCGGCGUGCUUACAGUCACAGAUGCUGACGCCGGAGAAAACGGCUGGGUCGCUCUAUCAAUCCUCAACGGAAGUGACAUCUUUGUUAUUGACACCGGACGAGGAGCUCUAAGAGCCAAAACACCAUUGGAUCGAGAGCAACAGGGGACGUAUUACGUAUGGAUCGAAGCUAUUGAUGGAGGAGAGCCUGCGCUUUCUUGUGUCACAAUGGUGACCGUUCUCCUCCUGGACGUCAAUGAUAAUCCUCCAACAGUUCUCUUUCCGCAAUCCAACCAGUCCUUCAUGCUGGUGCUUCCUAGCACAGUUCCGGGAACAUCUAUAACUGAAGUGUACGCUGUGGAUCGGGACACGGGAAUGAAUGCUGUUAUUGCUUACAGCAUUAUUAAGAGAACUGACGGAGAACCAGGGUCGUUUGACAUCGAUCCGUACACUGGAAACAUCACCCUGAGGAAAGCCUUGAACAGUCGGGGGCUUUAUAGUUUAUGGGUUAAAGUUCGAGAUCACGGUCAACCUGAGCUCUACUCCACCGUGCUGGUUAACCUGUUUGUGAAUGAAACGGUCAGCAAUGAGACGCUCAUUCAGAGUUUGUUGCCGAGAGUUGUGGAUCUGGAUCACGGUGAAGCUCCUCCGGUUAAGGAAGGGAGAGAGGGAGAACGAGUGCCAAAUAUGUGCAACGAGUAUAAAGUCAUACUGCUUGCAUUGACGGCGACUUGCAUGGGACUGUUUUUGACUGUCGUGUCGUUGGUGACGUACAUUUGCUGCAAGAAAAGAAAGACGAAAAAGAAGAGGCAAGGCACCGAGACUCUCAAGCUCAACCAUGAGAUGGUGGAGAAAAACCUACUGGAGAUUUCAAACAUAUGACAGUAAACUGCUCAGCAGGCAAAAUCUGCUUGUACUGCCCAAACUAUUCACUGCAAAAAUGCUUGACAAUGAGUUUUCGUCUUGUUUCUAGUCCAAAUAUCUAAACAUUCCUAAAUCAAUGUGCAUUCUAUAGACAGCUUUUUAAAAAAAUGGUCAAUUAUAUAAGCAAGUUUUUGCUUAAAACAUGCUAAAUAAUCUGUCGGUGAGGUAAGCAAAGCACAUUUAUUCCAGAUAUUAUUUUGAUAUUUUCCCAGAGAUGGGUUGCAGCUGGAAGGGCAUCCGCUGCGUAAAAAACUUGCUGGAUA